AUGCCAAAGAGUUUCUCAGCUAUCAUCAUCGGCGCAGGAGAAUCUGGAAUUGCCGUGGGCUGUAUGCUCAAGACAAAACUUGGCACCGACGACUUUCGGAUAUUCGACAGACAAAGCGGUGUUGGUGGUGCUUGGUUUGCCAACAGAUACCCGGGCGUAGCCUGUGAUAUCCCGGCGAUUUUCUACUCUUAUUCUUUCGCCCCGAACUAUGAGUGGACGACCUUGUUCCCUCCGGGCCAGGAGAUUCAGCAGUACUUGGAAGGUGUCUGCGACAAGUUUGGUAUUCGAAGCAACAUCCAGCUCAACACUGAGGUAUCAAGUGCUCGAUGGAUUGACGAAGAUGCCGAGUGGGAAGUCAAGGUGACUUAUCUGAAUCCUCGAGACAAGACCCCAGAAGAAGUGACCCUUCGGUGUAAGGUCCUGGUCACAUGUGCCGGCGAGCUUGUAGAGCCCAACAUUUGGCCGCAGCAUGUCCCAGGAAUUGAGUCUUUUCAAGGACAGGUCUUCCACACAGCGCAAUGGAAAGACGAAGUUUCCCUGACAGGAAAGGAUGUGGUCGUCAUCGGGGCGGGUUGCACUGCAGCACAGCUCGUUCCGGCGCUGGCAAGCCCAGAGAUUGCUGCCAAGUCAAUCACGCAGCUCAUGAGGGGACCACCGUGGGUUAUGGCUCGACCCGAGAGACCUCCUCCGCGGUUGAUGGAGGUUGUUUCCAAGUUGCUCAGAAACAUAUCUGGACUUGGCUUGUUUCUCCGACUUUGCCUUUUCUUGUACGCUGAAUCGACAUGGCUCAAUGUCGGCACGGGCUGGUUCGGAAAGAAGCGGCGACAGUGGUUCGAGAAAAGACUCUUGACUCACUUGCGGAAGACGGUGCCAUCUAGAUAUCACGACAUGCUCACACCGCACUUUGGUGUUGGGUGUCGGCGGAUCAUUGUCGACUGUGGGUGGUUGGAAAGCCUCAGUCUACCCCACGUGGAACUCACGAACAGACCUCUGGUAUCAAUCGAACCACAGGGCGUCGUCUUGGGUCCUCGACCAGAAGAAGAGCGCUUAAAUUCCAACGACCAGAAACGCCACAAGGAAAUCAUCCAGAAGCCCGCAGAUGUCAUCCUCUUGGCGAAUGGGUUCGAGACGUCGACUUACCUCCAUCGCUUGAAAGUCCAAGGAAGAAACGGAACAUUUCUUCACGACGUCUGGCAGGCAAACGGAGGCCCUGGCGCGUACCUCAGCACAGCAGUUCACGGGUUUCCCAACUUUUUCAUGGUUCUGGGACCAAAUUCUGUCAGCGGCCACUCGUCAGCCAUACUCGCAAGUGAAAAUGUGGCAGGAUAUGCUCUGAACUUCCUCAAGCUUGUUCUGAGUGGACAGGCCCGUACCGCUGAGAUCCUGUUAGAAGCCGAGCAAAGUUACACGGCUGAUGUGCAGAGAAGGUCGCUAGACAAAGUCUGGCAGACUUGUCACAAUGGCUACAUACAGAAGGGUGGUUGGAACAGCUCGAUAUGUCCGUAA